AAGUGAACACUUGGAGCUAAAAGAAAUUGUUAAAAUUUAGCAAACAAGCUAACAAUAUAAGAAAGAAAAAAACGCGCAGCAUUAAUCAAACGGUAUAGUGAAAUUCAGUAAAUAAAAAUAUUAGGCAAACGAAACUUAAAGUAAACGGUUUGAGGGAAUUACCAAAAUGCAGAUCUUCGUUAAAACUUUGACGGGAAAGACCAUCACUCUGGAGGUUGAGCCUUCCGAUACCAUUGAGAACGUUAAGGCCAAGAUUCAAGAUAAGGAGGGAAUUCCACCAGAUCAGCAGCGUCUGAUCUUUGCCGGCAAGCAACUGGAAGAUGGCCGCACUUUGUCUGACUACAAUAUCCAGAAGGAGUCGACCCUUCAUCUGGUCCUCCGUCUGCGUGGUGGUAUGCAAAUCUUCGUGAAGACCCUGACUGGCAAGACCAUCACUCUGGAGGUGGAGCCUUCCGAUACCAUUGAGAAUGUGAAGGCUAAGAUUCAGGACAAGGAAGGUAUUCCCCCAGACCAGCAGCGUCUGAUCUUCGCCGGCAAGCAACUGGAAGAUGGUCGCACCUUGUCUGACUACAAUAUCCAGAAGGAAUCGACCCUCCACUUGGUUCUCCGUCUGCGUGGUGGUAUGCAAAUCUUCGUGAAGACCCUGACUGGCAAGACCAUCACUCUGGAGGUGGAGCCUUCCGAUACCAUUGAGAAUGUGAAGGCUAAGAUUCAGGACAAGGAAGGUAUUCCCCCAGAUCAGCAGCGUCUGAUCUUCGCCGGCAAGCAACUGGAAGAUGGUCGCACCUUGUCUGACUACAAUAUCCAGAAGGAGUCGACCCUUCAUCUGGUCCUCCGUCUGCGUGGUGGUAUGCAAAUCUUCGUGAAGACCCUGACUGGCAAAACCAUCACCUUGGAGGUGGAGCCUUCCGAUACCAUUGAAAACGUGAAGGCCAAGAUUCAGGACAAGGAAGGUAUUCCCCCAGACCAGCAGCGUCUGAUCUUCGCCGGCAAGCAACUGGAAGACGGUCGCACCUUGUCUGACUACAACAUUCAAAAGGAAUCCACCCUCCACUUGGUUCUCCGUCUGCGUGGUGGUAUGCAAAUCUUCGUGAAGACCCUGACUGGCAAGACCAUCACUCUGGAGGUGGAACCUUCCGAUACCAUUGAGAAUGUGAAGGCUAAGAUUCAGGAUAAGGAAGGUAUUCCCCCAGACCAGCAGCGUCUGAUCUUCGCUGGCAAGCAACUGGAAGAUGGUCGCACCUUGUCUGACUACAAUAUCCAGAAGGAAUCGACCCUUCAUCUGGUCCUCCGUCUGCGUGGUGGUAUGCAAAUCUUCGUGAAGACCCUGACUGGCAAGACCAUCACUCUGGAGGUGGAGCCUUCCGACACGAUUGAAAACGUCAAGGCCAAGAUUCAGGACAAGGAAGGUAUUCCCCCAGACCAGCAGCGUCUGAUCUUCGCCGGCAAGCAACUGGAAGACGGUCGCACCUUGUCUGACUACAAUAUCCAAAAGGAAUCGACCCUCCACUUGGUUCUCCGUCUGCGUGGUGGUAUGCAAAUCUUCGUGAAGACCCUGACUGGCAAGACCAUCACUCUGGAGGUGGAGCCUUCCGAUACCAUUGAGAAUGUGAAGGCUAAGAUUCAGGACAAGGAAGGUAUUCCCCCAGACCAGCAGCGUCUGAUCUUCGCUGGCAAGCAACUGGAAGAUGGCCGCACCUUGUCUGACUACAAUAUACAGAAGGAAUCGACCCUUCACUUGGUUCUCCGUCUGCGUGGUGGUAUGCAAAUCUUCGUGAAGACCCUGACUGGCAAGACCAUCACUCUGGAGGUGGAGCCUUCCGAUACCAUUGAGAAUGUGAAGGCUAAGAUUCAGGACAAGGAAGGUAUUCCCCCAGACCAGCAGCGUCUGAUCUUCGCUGGCAAGCAACUGGAAGAUGGCCGCACCUUGUCUGACUACAAUAUCCAGAAGGAAUCGACCCUCCACUUGGUUCUCCGUCUGCGUGGUGGUAUGCAAAUCUUCGUGAAGACCCUGACUGGCAAGACCAUCACUUUGGAGGUGGAGCCUUCCGAUACCAUUGAGAAUGUGAAGGCUAAGAUUCAGGACAAGGAAGGUAUUCCCCCAGACCAGCAGCGUCUGAUCUUCGCUGGCAAGCAACUGGAAGAUGGCCGCACCUUGUCUGACUACAAUAUCCAAAAGGAAUCGACCCUCCACUUGGUUCUCCGUCUGCGUGGUGGUAUGCAAAUCUUUGUGAAGACCCUGACUGGCAAGACCAUCACUCUGGAGGUGGAGCCUUCCGACACGAUUGAAAACGUGAAGGCUAAGAUUCAGGACAAGGAAGGUAUUCCCCCCGAUCAGCAGCGUCUUAUCUUCGCCGGCAAGCAACUGGAAGACGGUCGCACCUUGUCUGACUACAAUAUCCAGAAGGAAUCGACCCUCCACUUGGUUCUCCGUCUGCGUGGUGGUAUGCAAAUCUUCGUGAAGACCCUGACUGGCAAGACCAUCACUCUGGAGGUGGAGCCUUCCGAUACCAUUGAGAAUGUGAAGGCUAAGAUUCAGGACAAGGAAGGUAUUCCCCCAGAUCAGCAGCGUCUGAUCUUUGCCGGCAAGCAACUGGAAGAUGGUCGCACCCUGUCUGACUACAACAUUCAAAAGGAGUCUACCCUUCAUUUGGUACUGCGUCUGCGUGGCGGUUACUCAACUUAAUUGCAAAAUAAAAGAAAGCGCAAAUGAAUAAUUCAACACUAAAAUCAAGCCACAGUUUCCAAAUUUUUUUAUUUCUGCAAAAAACACUAGACCGCAAGAAAAAAUUCAAAAUUACAAGUUCAAGCAUUGAGCCGAAUUUCCUGUGCCUGCUGUUUCUUCUGGCUUAAUUCUUGCUUCAAAUUCCAUAAACAAUAACAAAUUAAAAUAAAUUUACCAUAUUCAAGAA